AUGCUUGCUGCUGUCGUAAAGGAGUUUGGUGGUCCCAACGUGAUCAAAGUAUUGUCCAAUGUACCAAUACCUAAGAUAGAAUCCAGCGACCAGAUUCUCGUUCGUGUCGCGGCGUCCGGUGUCAAUCCUGUGGAUACUUACAUUCGAAAUGGACAGUAUGCUGCCAAGCCAAACCUACCGUACAGUCCUGGGAAGGACGGCGCAGGUGUUGUAGCGAAGAUCUAUCCUUCGAAGAAGGUGCUUGUAUUGGGAUUCCAUACUGCACAGCAUACAGAGCCCUUUUUAUUCUUGGCAAACUCC